UUCAUGGCAUGGAUACAGCAAAUAAAAGGAUGGCAACGCAUGCGACCAUUGAUCAAUAACGUGCUGCAUGAACCCACCGUACCAUAGAUAUUGAAUGCAUAAUGUGUAAUCGGUUAGGCUUUAAUUCCUAAUGAACAGCGACUCGAAAAAUGUAAAGUGAUCAUAUGAUGGCACUGACGUUGAUCUUCUGGAAUAUAUGGAAUACAGGUACAUAAACUGCAUUAUUCGUGAUAGGCCUCAUGUAAAGCCAGCCUCGUUAGGCCUACUGUGAUUCUACAACUACAAGGUGGUACGUACUCCAUGUCACUACCUAGUAUUUCGACUGACGUACUUACUUUCAGUGAAUGAUGGCUGAACAAUUUGAAGAAUUUCAAGAAAAGAUUGCUGCAAAUCCAUCAAAUCUUAAGGAUCAUCUUCCUCGAGUUUUAGAAGAGAUCAAGAAAGAUGCAAGCGGAGAAUUCAUCAAGACCUGCAAAUACGAACUGAGGGAUGAUCUAAUGGGCGCCGUCAAGGCAGCGAAAAACCAACAUGAGAAAAUAAUGAUUGAAAUAUGCAUUGAAUGCAUGAAGAGAAGAACCCAGUCGUACUUUGAACAAGCCAAGGAAAUAUUCAAUGAAAAGGCCAUUGUCAAAUGGAAGGGCCAUGAAGAUGCCAUUGAUCUGAUAACACGUGACCUCGAGCAACCAAUAGAAUGGGAGCCCACAGAUGACGAGAAGGAGUCUGACGAGGCGAAGCAUGUAUCAUGGGGUGAUUCUGGCAGCGCACUUAAAGAUACAGUUUCAGAGAUCAUCAAUGCUUGUAGUCGCGACAAGAUUAUCAAGAAAGUUCAGGGGUCAUUCGUUCGCUUGCUUUCGGCAUGUCUCCAGAGCGGUUCAGACAUGCAUCUCGUUGUUGCUCUUGCCAUUGCUGAAUCAAGUGAGAUGACAUGGGAGGGUACUGAAAAGCUUAUUCCUGAUGUCCUGGAAAUAUUUUUCAAAUGGUUACGCCGUGAAGACGUCGACUUUGAACACAACCUGGACCAUAAGGCUCUGGCACAAGCCAUGCCAGCUAGUGCCAUGCUAGAAAAUGCUGGGAAAUCUUGUGUGGGUCAGUUAAAGAGCAUUUUGGAAUACUGUCUGGAGCAAGAGCUUGAGGGCGAGGAGACACCUCUCUCAGUCCACGGAGAUAUAAUAAGCACAAUCAUCACUGAUUAUAUACUGCAGGAGGACGACAAGGUGAAUAAAUACAAGGAUCUCCUUCCAAGUGUGGUAAAACUUCUCACAUGUGACGUCGGAGACUUAGAGGAACUAGCGGGUAAUACCUUUGGAGCGCUUGGAGAAAACUGUGAUAUCCUUGUCCCAUUUGGUGACGCCAUAGUGGAGGCCUACUUGGGCAACAAAUGUGAAGACACGCACAUUUGCAGUGCUUUUACUGGAAUUUAUAAGAGCAAACCGGAAGUGAUUUUAUCGCGAAUGGACCAACUUGCAGAAAAGAUGGAAGACAUGGGUCAUGAUGACAAGAUGUAUAUGUACCUUCUCUUGGAUGAAGUUGCUAAACAAAAUCCCGAGGCUCUGGUCUCUCACAUCGAUCUCAUGAUGGAGGACCUGUGUGAUCCAACCCUUGCGACGCUCUGUUUUAUGGCACUCGCCGAUAUCUCUCGUGAAUACGCCAUCAAAUUUGUCGAACACAUAGAUAAAUGUGUAAAAGCAUGGGAACUGUCGGCUUUCUCCGUGUCUUCUGCAUGUACUAUCAUUGCAAGCGUCGGUUGCACCAGCGAGAAAGAAGCUAAAAGGUGUCUAAAGAUCUUUUUUGACAAGGUGAAGACGAUAGAUCCUAUGUGGAUAUCCGUAAUAAUGAUGGAGGCGAAGCGGGUUGGCAUGGCUUAUAAGGAAUGUCUAGCCGUGUAUCGACCACAAAUAGAGGAACUAAAGACAUGUCAGCAGAUGGGUGUCCCAGACCUGGUCCAAUCCUUGAUCGAUUUCUUGGAAGACAGAAGCUUACAGAGUCUCAGCAAGGACGUUGCCGAGCAGCAGGAAGACAUUGAUAACUUGGAUUCUCGCGUGACGAACACAGAAAAUGACAUAACGAGAAUUGACGAGACUGUGACAGAACAGGGUGACGAGAUUUUGAACGUCAAGAAAGACGUCAAUGAGCAGGGCCAGAGACUGGAUGAGUUAGAAGAGGUCGUCGAUGAGACGGUCGAAAAGGUCGAAGAGAUCGACCAUAAGACGAUAACUAACGCACCUAAAUGGUCACGUGACGUAUCAAAGCUGUUGAACCCAGAGCACGAACAUGACUGGAGAUUCUUGGCAGUUCGUCUCGGCUACUCGGGUGAAGAUAUCCGUAACUGGGCCUUAUCACCAGACCCUACCAUGGCCAUCCUGGCUGAGUGGUACACAACUCACAAGAGCAGCGACGCUACCUACGCCAUUCUUGGUGCACUGGAGGAUAUGGGAAGAACCGAUGCAGCAGAAAUAAUCACGCAAUCUCUAGAAGAAGCAGAAAUGCUUGUACCUCAAGCCCCUUCGGACGAUUCUGGGAUACCUCCAACAGUAUUCCUGAGCUAUCAGUGGGACCACCAGCCCGAGGUGAAAGCCAUCAGAAAGCAUCUUGAGAUGGCCGGGUUUCCCUGCUGGAUGGACAUUGGUCAGAUGGGUGGAGGAGAUCAGUUAUUCGCUAAGAUUAGCCAGGGCAUGAGAUCAUCUAAGGUGGUUCUAUGUAUGGUGACGGAAAAAUACUCGAACUCGGAAAACUGCAACAAGGAGGUUAAUCUUGCCAACCUGUUGAACAAACCUAUCAUCCCCGUCCUCAUAGAUCACACCAAGUGGCCACCUGAGGGCGCAAUGAGUAUGCUGUUUGCUCAGCUUCUCUACAUACAGUUUUACAACGACAAGGAAUACGUCAGGGGUGAGAAGUUCUGGGAAGAUCCGAAGUUUUCGGAGCUUCUCGGACAGAUUUCUUACCACGCAAAUCCGGAGGAGAGUAUGAUUUCUGAAGAGUACCGUAAUUGGAUUCCUCAGGUAGAAGACAAACCAGCCACGGUGAAAAAGAUGUCGGAAGACACAAAGAACAUUCCUGGUGUUCAGCAAAAUCAAUCUACGGAAUCUGUGGAUCCCCCUACCGUAUUCAUCUCUUACCAAUGGGACAAGCAACCACAAAUAAAGAGACUGUUCUCUCGUCUCACUGAUCUAGGGUACCAUUGUUGGUUAGACAUCAAUCAAAUGGGUGGUGGGGAUCCACUCUACUCCAAGAUUGAUAAAGGUGUAAGAAAUGCAAAGGUUGUGAUUUCAUGCGUGACAUCAAAGUACGCCCUCUCUGCGAACUGCAGACGGGAGGUCAGUCUUUCUGAUGCACUUCGUAAACCCAUCAUUCCCCUGCUUCUUGAGGAAAUGACCUGGCCCCCGGUAGGACCAAUGAGUAUGACCUUCACACAGCUCCUCUACAUUGACUUUACUAACGAGACCACUGCGGCCAACUUUGAUGAUGAGAAGUUCGAAGAACUGGUGGAGAAGAUCAAGGAACAUGCUGAGCCGACCCUUGGGGUUGUGGUUCUUAAGGAUCAGGAUGAUAUGAACAGCGAACCACAAAAACCUACUGAGACCGAGACGCCAGAGCUGCCAAGGACUGGUGAUGGAGGCAAAGACACGGGAAAGGAGAAUAUGACGUCACCAGCAUGUGACGAUGGACCCCAGACCACGCCUGACAUUAACCAACCAAGAAAAGAAGAAAACAAUAAAUCUCGUGACAAAACCCCUUCUCCCUCUCCGGAAAAGAAAAGGAACAAGAAAUCUUCAACCUGUUCGGUUUUAUAAAUAAUAUUCUUCAAGCAAAUCAAAUGACUAAUACGGACUUGAAAGUUUUAAAGUACGCUUCUCAGUCAUUAAAAGAAGGAAUGUCGACCAACAAAAUUUCUGAAAUCAAAUUGACUGAAACCAAGUGAAAUGGUUAUCAAAGUAUGUUUGUUCUCAAUUUGUUUUACUUAUUCUACUGUACACAAUCUACUAAAAACUGAAGAAUUUUGUUCUACCAUCUAAAGCUUCGUUUGAUUUCCUCUCGUUACAAUUUGAGUCAGUUCUUAAAAGUCAAGUCGACUUCAGAAAAAUAAAAAAAAAUGAAAGUUAUGACAAGUUAUUGAAGUUUUACUUAUUUUUCACAAAAUAUUUAUGUGUACAAUUAAGUCACAUGCAAAUGAGAGAAUCGAUGAUGUCCCUCACUAUUCCUUUUGUUUGUUAUUGCCUGAACCUUAAAAUGUUAAUCAAUGGUAAGUCUACAUGUUAUAGGAGAAACAACACUCUGCUUCUCAGGACAAUGGGGAGAAAAAUCGAAUAUUUCAUGUGAUAAAAUACACAGAAAUAGUGAUGUCAUCAGUUCCCUAAUUUGUAUACCGACUGGGAUGUGCA